AUGCGCGUCUACGAGACACUCAACGACCGGUACCAGGUUGUAUCUAAACUGGGCCCUGGUGUUGCCUCAACAGCGUGGCUUGCCAAAGAUUUGCAUCAGUGGCGCUGGCGAUCUCCUCGUUACGUAGCUGUCAAGGUUAAAACGGCCCACCCAGUCCGGGACUAUAUCGAGCACGAGCUGUCCAUCACACAUCACAUCCUCAAUGCGAAUCCUAAUCAUAAAGGUAGAGGGCGAGUUGAAAAUCUGCGGGACUCCUUUACCCUUUCCGGUCCACGCGGAUACCAUACCUGCCUGGUAUUCGAUGCCCUAUGUGAGCCAUUGUGGAUGCUGAAACAUCGAUUCGAACGCAAAACCAUCCCACUCGACGUUCUAAAGCCGAUCACCCGAGCAAUUAUAGAAAGUCUGCACUACCUUCAUCAGGAAUGCCAUGUUAUCCACACAGAUCUAACGCCGGAUAACAUAAUGAUGAGCUUGAAAGACCCGUCCACGGCAGCCAUGAUCGCUGACGCUGAACUCAACGAACCAUCACCCCGAAAGCAACUCGUCGAUCGGUCGAUAUACCUCUCUCGCAAUAUCUGGAACAUACCACUCCACGACCUGGGCCCGCCUGUGAUCCAGGGCUUGCGGAAUGCAGUUCAUGGUGAUAAACCGCAUAGUCAUACCAUUCAAGCUGUUCAAUACCAAUGCCCUGAGAUCUCCCUGGGAAUGGAGUGGAGUUAUCCUGCUGAUAUAUGGAACCUGGGUGCAAUCCUCUGGGAGUUAUUCUUCGGGAGAGGACCGUUUGACCAGCCAGGUGACCCGAAGACUUGGACUGAGGCGGCGCAUCUUGGUCGGAUUAUUUCAUUCCUUGGGUCGCCCCCGUUGGACGUGCUUCAGCGUGGGAAGCAAAGCCCCCAAUAUUUUGACGACAAAGGGCAAUUUAAAUUCCCAUCUUUUAUUCCAAAAGUUGACUUUAGAGCCGUGCUGGAGAAUUGUGAUAGUGACGAGCUGUUGUUUGUGGAUUUCAUUUCUAGGUUGUUAUGCUGGAGGCCUGAGGAUCGGCCCACUGUCCGGGAACUGUUUACAGGUUCAUAG